AAGCAGCAGCUCUGGAGGCUGUUUGGAGCUGGAAUCCUUCAGCUGCUUCCAGCAGCAACAAUGAGUUCACUCCAGGCUCUGAGAGAGUUUAUCAGCGGCAGACUGACUGCUGCUGCGGGACAAAUCUUCACCGACUUCCAACAAACUCUGCUCCAGUACGAGGAGGGCAGACUGCUGGAGACCGAGUCCCGCACGGCAGACGUCCAUCAGCAGAAUGUCUGUAAGGAGGAGCAGCUCUGUGAGCAGGAGACCAACUCCAGGCUGAUCCAGGAGCAUCAGGACCCUCCAGCCAUCAAAGAGGAGCCAGAGGAACCGGACCUGAUCAGUAUCGUGGAGCAUCAGAGGGAGCAGAGCCUCCGUGGAUCCAUCCGGACCAGGAGGAAGCAGACAGUGAGAGGUUCUGUCCCAGCCAGUCAGACAGUCCAUCAGCCAGAGACUCACUGCUGCGGCUGAAGACAUCGCCGCCAUGUUGGAACAAACCUUCUGUCAGUUCCAGAAGAAGAUCCCUCCUCAGAGCGGCCCGCUGGACGCCACUUUUAACCAUCAAACCAGGGUUUCCACCAGAGGCAGUCAGCUGAUCAGCUGCAGUGUGGACAUGAAGCGAGCAGAGCCUGGAGACAUCAAGGAAGAACCAGAAGAUUCAGAACCUCAGCGCUUUAAAGAAGAACCAGGAGACUCGGAACCUAAAACAGUUAAAGAAGAACCAGGAGAGUCGGAACCUCACCGAGUCCAUGAGGCGCUCCAGGAGUUCUCCAGGAGUCCACAGGCAGAGAACGUCGUCCUGAAUGAGGAGAGCGAUUCCUUCAUGGAGACUUCUACCGAGGAGGGAAGCGACCGCAGCGAGCCGGAGUCCGACGGCGAGCAGCUCGUGUCUCACGGCACAAAUCCAGAGCACAGAAGUCCCGAACUGCGUCACCAAGGUGAGAAGCCGCAGAAAACUCACAAAAAAGAGCGGCGACACUCGUGCGACGCAUGCGGGAAACACUUUACAGUCAGGAGCCAUUUGUCGGCCCAUGCGAACUCACACGGGUGAGAAGCCGUACUCCUGCCAGACAUGUGGCAAAGGGUUCACACACCUGGGCGGCUGGAUGUACCACUGGAGACUCACACGGGGAAGUACCGCUACUCCUGUCAGAUGUGCGACAAGGGUUUCAGAGACAAGUGCAACCUGCUGCGCCACACCAGGACUCACACGGGCGAGAAGCCGUACUCCUGUGAAAUCUGCGGCAAAGGGUUCCGGGGAAAGAGCGGCUGGCUGUACCACAUGGAAACGCACACGGGGAAGUACCGCUACUCCUGCCAAAUCUGCGGCAAAGGGGUCCGGGACAAGUCCAAUUUAGGACGCCACAUGACGACCCACACCAGCGACCGGCGCACCGCUGCCAGACCUGCGGGAAGUGCUUCCGGCAGAGGAGCACCCUGCUGGGCCACAUGAGGACUCACUCCAGCGAGAAGUCCUGGCCGUGCGACACCUGCAGCAAGUGUUUCAGGGAAAAGAGCAACUUAUUGGCCCACAUGAGAACCCACACGGGCGAGAAGCCGUCUUCCUGCGAAACCUGCGGGAAGUGUUUCCGGGGCAAGAGCACCCUGCUGGCUCACAUGAGGACCCACACGGGCGAGAAGCCGUUCGGCUGCCAGACGUGCGGGAAGCGCUUCAGCGACAGGAGCAACUUUUUCCGCCACAUGAGAACUCACACGGGCGAGAAGCCGUACGCGUGUGAAACAUGCGGGAACAGCUUCAGUCAGCAGAAUCAUUUGUUCGCCCACAUGGAAACUCACACAGGUGAGAAGCCCUGAGAGGUCCAGGUGGGAAAAUU